AUGACGGUACUAUCUAAACAACCAAAUAACCCUUUUGUAAGACACUUGUUUUUCACCAAGAAAAAAGAAUACAAGAAAUUAACUAGAAAACGUAAGAGGAAUUUUCAUAGCAAUAUAUUGGAUAAAAUUAAAAUCUUGGCGGAUAGCAAUCCGAAAGCGUUUUGGAACCUUGUUAACUCAAUUAAAUCCAAUCGUACUAGUGGUUCCAACGAAAUAUCGCCCGUUGAGUGGUUUAACUAUUUUCACGACCUAAACAAGACUAAUUUUUCCUCUGAGAGCACUAGCACUGAGUCUCGAAUAGUCGCCGAUAUUAACCUUUGGGCGACCAGUGGUGUUGAGAUUCUUGACAAACCUAUUUCUUUAAAAGAAAUUCACGACAUCUCUAGAAAACUCAAACUUAACAAAGCAAGCGCAAAAGAUUCACUUAAUAAUGAAAUUAUUAAAAUAUCAUCUAUUAGUUUAGCUCCUCACUAUGUGAAACUAUUUAAUAAGAUUUUAUCUAGUGGAGUUUUCCCAAAAAUAUGGUCGGAAGGCCUUAUUACUCCUAUACACAAAUCGGGAAAUAAAACUGAUCCUGGAAAUUACAGAGGCAUAUGCAUCUCUAGCUGUUUAGGAAAAUUUUUCACUUCAAUUCUUAAUGCACGUUUAAAUGUUUUUCUAGAAGAAAACAGUAUUUUGAACAAGUACUGGAUCGGUAGCGUGGUAUUCACGUGA